AUGUCUCUCCGAUGUGGGGUGGUCGUCCGCAGCGUGAGGCCCCAGGCAUUUGGAAAAUAUUUAUGCAAUCCAGUCAGAGCAGUAAGUUCCUUGCCAGAUAAAAAAAAGGAAUUUUUACAAAAUGGACCAGACCUUCAAGAUUUUAUGUCUGGUGAUCUGGCAGACAAGAGCACCUGGGAAGAAUAUAAAGGAAACUUAAAGCGCCAGAAAGGAGAAAGGUUAAGACUACCUCCAUGGCUAAAGACAAAGAUUCCCAUGGGGAAAAAUUAUAAUAAACUGAAAAAUACUUUGCGAAAUUUAAAUCUCCAUACAGUGUGUGAGGAAGCUCGAUGCCCCAAUAUUGGAGAGUGUUGGGGAGGUGGAGAAUAUGCUUCUGCUACAGCCACAAUCAUGUUGAUGGGUGACACAUGUACAAGAGGAUGCAGAUUUUGUUCUGUUAAGACUGCAAGAAAGCCACCACCACUAGAUGCCAAUGAGCCCUACAAUACUGCAAAGGCAAUAGCAGAGUGGGGCCUGGAUUAUGUUGUCCUGACAUCUGUGGAUCGAGAUGAUUUGCCUGAUGGAGGAGCUGAGCACUUUGCAAAGACUGUAUCAUACUUAAAGGAAAGGAAUCCAAAAAUUCUUGUGGAAUGUCUCACUCCUGAUUUCCGAGGAGACCUUAAAGCAAUAGAAAAAGUGGCUCUGUCAGGAUUAGAUGUAUAUGCACAUAAUGUAGAAACAGUUCCAGAAUUACAGAGGAAAGUUCGUGAUCCCAGGGCCAAUUUCGAGCAGUCUCUGCAGGUCCUCAAGCACGCCAAGGAGGUUCAGCCUGAUGUCAUUUCUAAAACGUCUAUCAUGUUGGGUUUAGGCGAGGACGAUGAGCAAGUAUACGCAACAAUGAAAGCACUUCGUGAGGCAGAUGUGGACUGUUUGACGUUAGGACAGUAUAUGCAGCCAACAAAGCGCCACCUUAAGGUGGAAGAAUACAUUACUCCUGAGAAGUUCAAAUACUGGGAAAAAGUAGGAAAUGACCUUGGAUUUCAUUACACGGCAAGUGGCCCUCUGGUGCGCUCCUCAUAUAAAGCAGGUGAAUUUUUCCUGAAAAAUUUAGUGGCAAAAAGAAAAACAAAAGCCCUGUAA